AUGUUGUCGACCUUGUUUUCCGAUUUCGGCCAGAGGCGGCCGGCGUCGAGCUCGACGGCGGAGGAGGCUGUGUUGGCGGAGGCGAGUGCUGCGGGUAACCACGGCUGUCGGCGAGCGGCAGACGACGUAGCUGUAGGCCUCCGCGAUGGAAAUCCAUCGGAUAGGAUUCGCUUGACUGGAGGCUGUCGGAGAAUCUGGAAGCGACAACGAGAUGAAACGGCGUCAUACCGGAGCUCACCACUUCCAGCGGCGGGGCGGCAUACAACGGACGUGUGGUUGCGGACGUCAGUCAGGUGCAAUUUCGACGGCGAGUUUGACUUGUGGUUAAACUAG